GGCGGAAGUAAAAAAUGGGCUUCCAAGAGAUGAACACGUUUUUGGGGUUCAGGGUUUCCGAAAUCUCGGCGUUAUGCCUCCGCCGAGGGGGGAUGAUCCCGGUCUCGGUGCUGGUGGUAAUGUGCGGACGUCCUAGGUCCUAGGUUGCCGAAAGAUUACCACCAGCACCAACAUCUAGGACCACCUUCUCCACUUGGAGGCACCUCCUGCGUUGGUGUUGGUGCACACUUACGGACCUUCAAGGACAGCGGUGACCCAGAGGGUCAUCUGCCAAGGGACGCCCAGCUGAUGCUCAGAGGAUGGCGAGUUGAGACAGCGGCAGUUGGCCUUCGGAGGGCACCCUCGUCGCCACGGUUGGAUGCCGCUCGGAAGACUUGUGCGUCUGGACCCCAGGAGGGGUCCCUGGACCGAUCCCAAGCUGACGCUGUCUCAUUUCUCCCUGCUCCGGGAUGCGGGCUGCCGUGCUGGGGAACCUGGCCAGCGCGUGCGGCAGCGUGGGCGAUCACCGCCGACAGCGCGAGCUGCUGCAGGAGUCGCUCCUCGCCAAGGAGGCCCUCCUCGGGCCGGGGGACCAGCAGGUGGCGAGCGCGUUGGCCAACCUGAGCAACGCCUGUGCCUCGUGCGGUGACUUCGAGGAACAGCGCCGCCUGCUGGAGCGUGCGCUCGCCAUCCGGGUCUCGGAUGCCAGCGCUCCGCCGGCAGACACCGCCAGGGUGCAGGCGCAGUUGGGUAUGUGUUUGGGCCAUCACGGUGAGUACGCGAGGCAGUGCGAACUGCUAGAGGAGUCCCUGAAGACGAUGCAGCUGGUGCAUGGGCGCGAGAGCCCCGAGGCAGCGGACAUCCUCGUGAAUCUGGGCGCCGCGUACGGGUUCGUGGGCGAUUCGCGGCGGAAGCAGGAGGUGCUCGAGCGCGCCAUCGCCAUCCUGGAGCGCGUGUACGGCGCCCAGCAUCGCAAAGUCGCCAUCGCGAAGUACAACCUAGCCAAGGCUUGCCACACUAAUGGCGACGCCAACAGAGCGCUAACACUGAUGGACGACGUAGUCGUUGUGUUUGCGGAGUGCUUUGGGCCCCAGCACGAUAAUACACAGAGCGCGAUGGGUGCCGCCCGGCUGUGGCGGCAACAGGUCGGCCUUGCUGUGAAGCCUUGGCGCAUACGGGUUUGAGCCGUUGAUGGUCCGUGCCAAGGGGUUCAAAGGCGCAAGCGCCCUCUUGAUUCUGCACCCGUCGACGAUGCCAAACUGAGUCUUGGUUUUAACCGGGGACCAACAAGGCUGGAUCAAGGCGGUACGCGCCACGGCUUGUUGGCAGUUGUCGUCGCGAAGAAUGGCACGAGUCGACACGGAGCAGCGGUCGAUGCCAGAUCAUGUCGCAGUGUGUCGUGGAGCGUUGUUAGACGUUCGAAGGACUUUUGCGCGCAGACCUCGUUGAACGAAGGUGGCCGACGCAUCAUCCACCAUGGGGAUUCCGUUGCGAAGCGCUGCCCGCAGGCAGACGCUUAAGCGGGCGGAAAGAGACGGCCGACAUCGAGCCAGGGUAUUUUUGUCCACCGCGCGGUAGGUGCGACCUGGACAUGACGUGCUUCUUGCUGCAAGGUUCUCUUGGCCGCGCCGCAGUCAGGGUUGCCAGAUAAUGCCAUACUUAAGCGUGAGCUUCGGAAAGAAAAAA